CAAAAAAAAGAUGAGAGAUGGGUAGUACCACCUUACUCAUUUGCUUCUACCCGUGUAAUUUCUGCUUGCAAUCUUCUGUCUUCUAUAUCGUUUUCAAUUUUCUCUAUCUCUUUCUGUAUGUUCGAAAGUAUCUUUUCUGUAUUUUUGAUAUUCCUCUCGUGGCUGAAAAAUCCAGCAAAUGUCGAAUCAUUUAUAUUAAAUCUCACUCAGCCUUGUGUUGAGACCGCAGUUCUUGCCCCCAUCAAUCUAGACAAUAUAUCCACGGGAAGAACCACACACUUUCUACUUUUGUUUAGUUCGCGCGAAUAAAAAAACGCAUCUUUGAUGCACACUACCAGCGGGCGUCUAUUUUGGUCCCAAUAUCUGUAAGGUUAGACCCCACCAUUCAUCCAGUUAUAUUCUUUUCCUUCAGUGCGAGGCCAAUAUUUGGCCACUAGGUGUCCGAUAUCCUGGUCUUGCAUCUGAUCUACAAGUCAUAUCAUUGCUCUCCAUCUCCCGCUUUCUUCAAACAGUCGUGCGAAGCUUGGAAUUUUAUUCCAAUUUCUUGCUUUUGUCAUUGUUGCGCGCGCUACACAAAACCCUACGGCAUCCCCUCAUCUUCAAGAACUGUUUUGUCUUUUUUCUCCCUUGGUAGCUGGUCUCUAAUUGUACAACCUUUUCUUCCUUUAACCGAUUUACUUGCUUGCACUUCCAUUGAUAGUGCUUUUGGUCAAGUCUCUUUUGGCCUCACGAUAUACUCGAGUAACUUGCGUCAAUUUGUUCUUCCUUUUCAAUUCAUCACAAUGUCAUCACCACCAACAAACAAGAGGCGUCCACCUCCCCUCACACAGUCACGAUCCUCUAGCGAUUCAUCUACAGCUUCAUCAGCUUCAUCACUCAAAGUUCCUCGGACACCCAGAUUCGCCGAAGCGACGGCUGUAUACUCUCCUAUAGAUGAUAAGAGAUCACCAUUUGCAGACCCUCCAAGCACAUCAGAUUCCCACGCCCCGAAAUCACAAGCAUACAUGGCUCAACCCCAACCCUCCGAUAUUGGCUUCGGCUACAUAUCGGAAAAUCAAAGACAAUCUCAAGGUGUUCCGGUCGAGAUGCCACUUACACCAUCAUCACCAUUGAAAAGCGCAUUAAGAGUACCCGGUACGCCGGGAAGAAUGAUGAACCCACUAAGUCCGACAUUCCGAGAAGAACAGGUUCUAGAAAAGCAUGAGGAAAUGACUGAGAAGGAACAAGUCAAGGACUUGAAAGUCAAGACCAGAGUCAGAAUAGCAAAGCUACUACUAAGAUUUGUAAAUUUCAGCUGUAGUCUAAUCGUUCUCGCCAUGAUCUCAACUUCCGUCACCAUCUUCAACGCAACCAAAACAUUACCAGCCCGAAGCAAUCUUCCGCCCUGGGCAGAGGGCACAAAGACUUGGCCUCAGAUAGUCGUUCUUUCAGUAUCCUGUGUAUCACUUGCACUUUGUCUCGUCGUCUUUUACAAUUAUUGGAGAGGAGGUCACAAGCGAGCAGAGAAGGUUGCGGUUUAUUAUACGCUCUUUGCAGUCGCCUACUUCAUCUUCAGUACAGUUAUGUGGGCAGUAGCAGCUGGUAUCUUGCAAGGUGCAAGAAACUCCGGAAAUAAUAAAGAUAUCUGGGGCUGGUCAUGUGUCGACAAUAAAAGACGAGAAAUCUUUCAAGAAGAAGUGGACUAUGCCUUAGUCUGCCGAUUGCAAUCCUGGGGUCUCGUAUGUUGCAUCAUCGAAGUCGUCCUCGAAUCCAUCACCAUCGCCAUCUACGGCGUCGUCUUCUACCGCUACUAUUCCAAACAGCGACUUCGCAAGUCCAUGGCCGUUCGCGAUCGCGCUCGUUCAGAUCUGUACCUCGCUCAACUCCGUUCCCAAUCUGCACCCAACACGCCUGGUUUUGGCCCCUUGAGCCCCUCCUACUCUCAAUAUGCCAAAUCGCCGAAAUUCCCACCGAGCGCGUACCAGAAUGGUCCAGAUGCCGAGGAGGGUAAUGGAACGAGAUUUGUAGAGGCAAAAACGUAUGGUGGAAUGAGUGCAGCGAAGCCAUUUACCCUACAAGCACCUCCGAUUAAAGUACAAAGCGCCACGCCGAAGAUGGAUCAGGGCGGAUUCGAAGCUCAGACUCCGCCGCCACCACCUCAGCAGCAACGACAACAGAGAGUUGUGGAACAUGUGGAUGCAGCGCCUGGCGAACAAACUUACGCUAGUGUACCGAUACCCGGUGCAUAUGCUAGUCCGCUUCCAGGUUCGGGGAGAUAGAAUUGUUGGGGAAUAAGAAGGUGUGAAUGUAGAUAAUUUACUUGGUUCUGUGGUGUGAGGGGGUGGGUGGAUAGUUUUUGGAAUUCUUGGGCUGGGACUUGGAUUUGAUUUUGAGUUCUCGUGUGUGAUUGGUGUCUAGGACAUACUCACCACACACCCAUACUUUAUAUUGUCAUUUAUUUUCUUUUUCUCUAUUUCUUUUUGGACUACCUUUUUGAUGGUCGGAGUUUGGUCGGUUGGUUGGAAGAUACUCCCUAUAACGCUGCAGUCGUUUACAAUUUUCUUUUUUAUUUACUUCAAUAGUUAAAGUGUAUGGAUGGAUGGACGGAUGGAUGAAAGGGUGUGGAUGAAGGGGCUAGGGGUAGCAUUACACUACCACAGUAUAUUAGCGGAUGAAACAACCGAACGAACAACCCAGGGGAGAGAGAUGAGAGGAAGGACAGGAUAAACACAUCCACCCCAACGAAACCUGGACUCCGCAAGAAACCAGAGAAAGCAAAAAGAAACCCCCACUCGUUGAAAAGAAAGAAGCUGGACUUGAAAUCUACAUUAAUAUUGCUGGAUGCAAUUUUGGAAAUACCAUACGCAUAGGAAUCUGGAGGUGGAAAGAUUCGCUAGCUAGAUUGAUUGCGCAAUGAAAAUGAAAGAAUACCUACUAUUUAUCUAUCAUACCUUUAGAAUUUUCUUGUUGCUUGUCUCUCGAUGCGCGAUUUUCGUUGAUUUGAUCCUCGUUUCAUCAAAUCCCAUUCCAUUCCAUUUCAUACCCACA